AGGGCCAGCCCCCAAAGCCAGCCAUCUUCACCUCUUCGCCCUCAGGGCAGGUACCAGGCAAGGCUCACGCGGCACUUUUGUGAAAGGGCUGGAGGGGCCAAAGGCCCUGGGAACGCACAGAGGCGGCACAGGCUGCCGUCUGAGGGGGCCUUCAGUUGCCAGCACCCAGUGAGGCCGAGGGACUGCUGAAAUAAAUGGAGAGCUGGGGGCCUGGCAUGCCGGGGCCCACGCUCUUCCUGCUGCUGGUGCUGCCACCUCCGCUGCUGAGCUUGGGGAGCUUCCAGCACAGUGGUCCAGGCUGGAAAGACCUGCACCACCUCAGUUUGGACUGGGGGAAGCUCUAUCGCCACCUCAUCCAGAACUCGGGAAGCUUCCAGCACCGCCAGGGCCCCGGCACCUGGCACCGGAAAAGCCGGUCAAGAGAAGACAAGAAUUCCUGCCACAGCUCAUUUGACCUCUACUUCAUCUUGGACAUGUCAGGCAGUGUGAACAACAAUUGGAUGAACAUUUAUUCCUUUGUGGAGGAUUUGGUCAAGAAGUUUGAAAACCCUAACCUGCGGAUGUCCUUCAUCACCUUCUCCACAGAGGGUCACACCGUCAUGCAGCUUACUUCAGACAGAAAUGAAGUUCAUGAUGGUCUUAUCAGACUUCAGAACAUAGUGCCUACAGGAGACACAUACAUGCAGGAAGGAUUUAAAAAGGCAAUUGAGCAAAUUGAACAAGCUCACUCAGGAGAAAACAAGGUUCAUUCCAUGAUUAUCUGUCUGACUGAUGGAACUCUGGAGGAACAGACACUAAAAGAAACUGUAAAAGAAGCUGACAAGGCUCGGCAAAUGGGAGCGACAGUAUACUGCGUGGGUGUAAAAAACUUUGAGGAGCAUCAGUUAAUAGAAAUUGCAGACAGCCCAUAUCACGUGUUUGCAGUGAACCAAGGAUUCAAGGCUCUUAAAGACAUCGUUGAUCCACUCGAAACUAAGUCCUGUAUUGAAAUUACUUCUGUGGAGCCUUCCGAUAUCUGUGUAGGAGAUGAAUAUGAAUUGAUGAUUUCUGGAAAAGGUUUUAAUAAUGCAAAGAAUGAGGAUGAAGUUAUUUGUAGAUUUAAAUUCAAAGACAAGCUAAUUGAUGAAAAAGCCAACUCUGUGCAAGAUACCAGUAUGAUAUGCCCAGGAAUAAAGAUAGAGAAUCCAGAUGAGGCUUUCUCCCUUGAAAUUAGCCUCAACAAUGGCAUCAGCUUCAUCAACAGUGAUGUCAGCCUCACCAGCAAGGACUGUGCGAGUACCAGGGCAGGGGGGCAAGCUCAAGAGACGACUACCCCACCAGCUCCCUCAGCAGCUGCCCAGCCGCCUCCAGAGACAUCGCCCAUGCCACCCACGCCACCCGCGCCACCCGCCCCACCCGCACAAGUCAUCCCGUACAUCAACCCGCUCUACUUCUUCGCACUCAUCCCAGCCCUGCUCCUAUUGUCCCUGAUGUUCUGCUGCAUCUGGUGGCUAUGCCACAGGAGGACCGUCAAGGAGCCACCGCCACUGCUGAAGCCAGAAAGGGAGCCAGAGGAGACAUGCCAAAUGCCAUGCCCCACAGUGAUUGUCCCUUGUGGGUGCCAAGGAGGGGGAAUGAAACGAAUGGAGGGAAAACUGGAUAGCUUGUGUGACUUUGUUCAGCGCUGCAAUCAGAUGUCAGUAAUGUGGUGUCCAACCAGAGACAUGGGAAAGUGCGUCAACUUUGCCCUAAUGAGGCCCCACUGCGGGCCACUGCGCUGCAGCCCCAGGGCCUGCGUUCAGCCCAGCCGGGAGUGCUUCAGCAUCAACAACUGCUGCUCACGGUUCCAGCACUCCCCAUCCAUGUGCUCCAGGCCCCCCUCCAGAAUGCAGCCGUUCAUCUCUACCCCUGCCCGGACAGUCAACAGAGCCACUUUGUCACUCCAGCCCCCAUAGCCCAAGCUCUAAAGCACCAAAACCCCAAGAUUAUUAAGAGCCCUUUGCUUGCUGAAUUAGACAUAUAUAUUGAGUCUUGGUUUAUGGUCAAAAUGUGUUGGAAUCUGUUGCUAAUCAGAGUUUGCUACCUGGUGAGCACUGCUCCACUGUAUGAAAAGUACCUGUACUGGUCCUGUGAGGGCAUAGCACCCGAUGCACUGUGGAUUAGACAUGAUGAGCCCCAGUCCCCAAAACCUGAUCUUCAUGUGUCACCAAGGUCUGGGAUGGAGUUUUAGUCAAAUUCUGCUCUUUGAACAAAGCCCCAAAGAUCUUUAAAAUAUGAAUACAAUCCUGUGUCUCAUUCCCCAAUCUGGCACAGAGAGGAGUACUUGAAUUUCUCAUCUUCUUCACUCCUUGCUCCUGGUUUCCAUUUUUUGGUUGCUUAUGUUCCAAUCUUGUCUCAGAAAGAGAUGAGGCCCUCUACAGUUCACCAGCUGGAAGUGCACCUUUUCUUCCCGGAUAAACCAACAGGUCCCUCAUUUCAGUUCAGUUCAGUCGCUCAGCCGAGUCCGACUCUUUGUGAUCCUACGGACCACAGCACCCCAGGCUUCCCUGUCCAUCACCAAUGCUCCCGGAGCAUUCUCAAACUCGUGUCCAUCGAGUUGGUGAUGCCAUCCAGCCAUCUCAUCCUCUGUCCCUAAGUCAGAGGUCCCUGAAUAAUGAAAGUCGCUCAGUCAUGUCCGACUCUUUGUGACCCCCUGGCCUAUACAGUCCAUGAAAUUCUCCACGCCAGAACACUGGAGUGGGUAUCCGUUCCCUUCUCCAGGGGAAUCUUCCCAACCCAGGGAUCAAACCCAGGUCUCCCACACUACAGGCGGAUUCUUUAUCAGCUGAGCUACAAGGAAAGCCCUAGGCCCAGGAAAAUUUUAGAGGACAUGUGUGUGAGCGUGAAGUCUCUCCAUUUCCCUAGAGAAGUUCAAUUCCGUUAUUCACCAUCUGCCAAACGUAGAAGUAACUGUGCUCCCGACAGAGAUGUUUUAGCAUUCAGCGUCCUCCCCACCACCCAGGCUGCCUGUAUGAUGUUCCAGGGCCAUGCACACAGCCCACGGGAGCACGGGAGCACUUCAGAAGGAGUACCCUAGAGAUACCAAAAUUAGUUGUCUCUAAUCCGUAUUGGUAGCACGUUAAAUACUUUCCGCCCUCACUCCCAUCUCCUUGAAUGUUAUAUUUGUGCCUUUUAGUUGAAUAUCUGUAUGACAACUAUAGGUAAAAAAAGAGAAAAUGUACUCACGAUACCAAGUGUGUGAAAUUUUUUUAAUUAGCCAGAAAGGAGAUUUAAAUAAUGUGAAAUCCUGUGGAGAGAUUUUAUCUCUUCCUUAGAAGUGGAAUAUUUCGGAUUGUUUGUAAGUGGGGAGAGCAUUGUCCUGGCCUGAGAGUGUCAGGGACACAUUUCUGAAACUGGCUCUGUGCUCUUAUAUUAUAUCUGUGUGUUUGUCUAUAACUGUAAUAUGAUACAUGCCCAUCUCUGAGACUCUGUGGCUCUACACAGAGAAAUGCAUCUGUAAUUUAAUAAAGAGCCCAGGG